GGGGUACAACACUCCUGUUCCUCUUGGCCACUCCUCUUUAGAUCUCUGCCGCUCACAGCACACUCCCUUGCUCUUCUGUCUCUUUCUUAUUCUCUGUCUGCCUUUCCUUUUCUGAAACCUGGUUUCCUCUCGUCCCCUCUCCACAGACAUCCAAGUCGAACUCCCAGCCAGGAUCUACAGACCUGCUCCUCAAGACAGGAAAUGCCCUCCAAACGGCAAAGGGGCUACAAGUGUCGGGUAGCAGCAGUGCUGCUUCUCCUCCUGGGCAGUAUUGCUGCUCUGGCUGCUGUUGCUGUCAUCCAGGACACCUGGGGGACUAACAAUUACACAUCAGAGUAUGGCAUAGUUAUAGACUCUGGUUCUUCACGCUCAAAUAUAUACCUGUAUGAGUGGCCAGGGGAGAAGGAGAAUGAAACUGGAGUGGUGACUGAGAAAUUGAACUGUAGAGUUGAUGGUGAUGGUAUCUCAGAAAUGAAAGUUGACCCGGAGAAAGAUGCUAAAUCAUUGGAGUCAUUCAACAAAUGUAUGGACAACGUCAAGCAAACCAUUCCUGCUGAAAAACACAAAACCACGCCUCUCUUUCUUGGAGCUACUGCUGGAAUGAGACUGCUGCAUGAGAAGGAUGAGCAGAGGUCCAAUGAAAUCCUGGCAAGUCUCACAGAAUACCUCAGCUCUUUGCCUUUCGCUUUCCAAAACGCCUCCAUCAUUUCAGGUCAGGAAGAGGGCCUGUAUGGUUGGGUGACUGUCAACUACCUCAAGGGAAGAUUCCUGGAGCUACACUUGUUGAACAAGUUUAUUCGCCCAGAAGGGGCAAAGACUUCUGGGUCCAUGGAUCUUGGUGGAGCAUCGACACAGAUCGCCUUUGCGGUCCAAGAUGAACUCAGGGGGGAUGACUACAUGCAUGUCAAGCUGUAUGGAUAUCCUUACAAUGUCUACACACAUAGUUUCCUUUGCUAUGGGAAAAAUGAGGCAGAGAAGAAGGUUCUGGACAAAGUAGUUCAGCAAUCAUCUGACCCACGCUUCAUUAUUAACCCCUGCUACCCCGAAGGCUUCAACAUCACUUUAAAGGCCUCGGCCAUCUAUGACACAGAGUGCACAAAGACUCCCAAAAACUACGACCCGGAUCAAGAGUUCUUCAUGGUGGGAGAAGCCAAUUCCGACAAAUGUGGCAGCUUAGUGAAGUCCAUUUUUGAUUUCAAGACUUGCUCAUCACCUCAGUGUUCCUUCAACGGGGUGGAGCAGCCACCUGUCACUGGAGAUUUCAUGGCAUACGCAGGAUUCUUCUACACUGCCAGAGCGCUGCUGAUGGACGGCACAUCAGAGUUUGAUAAGUUUAAUGCUUCAGUGAAGAAAUUCUGCCACACACAUUGGACAGUGCUGAAGGUUGAAAAAUCCUGGAUCUCGGACAGAUAUCUCAGGACCUACUGUUUUGCAGCUCACUAUGUCUUCAUGUUGCUGGCUGAUGGAUACAAGUUUGAUGAAGAGACUUGGAAAAAUAUUCAGUUUGAUAAACAGGUAAAGAACACCAGCAUAGGUUGGAGUUUGGGCUACAUGCUGAGUGUGACCAACAUGAUCCCGUCUGAAGUGAAAAUAAUCCCCCCCAUGACAAACCCGGUCUUUGCUGGCCUUAUCUUUCUAUUUUCAGCGCUUACCAUUGUAGCUGUUGUCUUCAGUUUCAUCCUCCUCGUUCGCGCCUGCUUCUGAGAGACUAAGUUACAAAUGGAAUGAUCUGCAAUCAAGCCUUAGGGGUCUGCUGUAAUCCUCUAAGAGCACUACAGUAGCAUGGCUGAGGAAUGUACUGACAGUAACUUAUCGUAAUAUUUCUGUUUUUCCAACCUGAGCAAUUCACCAUCUCAUAUUUCAGUUAUUUUGAAAAGUUGAAUAGGAGCCUCAAAUUGUAAAACCUCUCACUGCUUGUAUCAGAUGUUAGACUGGUUCUAUUGCUACAGUAUAAAUGUUUUUAGAACAGUAUUUUUUAAGUUCUGUACCUCAGGGAGACUCAAAGAUUGAAGUGAGGGAUCUAUUUUUAGCUUUUCAAGCUACACAAAAAGAC